UCCACGACACCGAUGUCAAGGGCCAGAAAUUGUACGUCGGCCGCGCGCAGAAGAAGCACGAGCGUGAGGAGGAGUUGAAGAAGCAGUACGAGGCUCAGCGUCAAGAGAAGAACGCCAAGUACCAGGGUGUCAAUCUCUACGUCAAGAACCUGGCCGAUGAUGUCGACGAUGAUGAGCUGCGCAAGGUCUUCGAGUCGUACGGUGCCAUCACAUCCGCCAAAGUCAUGCGCGAUACCAUUCCCGCCGAUCAGGUUGAGGAUGCAUCGCAAGACGAGGAGAAGAGCGGCGAGGAGAAGAAGGAGGAGAGCACCGAGGAGAAGGGCGAGGAGGAGAAGAAAGAGGACGGCGUGGAGGAUAUCGAGAAGAAGCUGAGCACCGUCACCAUCGGCGGCGAGAAGAAGAUCCUCGGCAAGAGCAAGGGCUUCGGCUUCGUCUGCUUCUCCAACCCCGAUGAGGCUACCAAGGCCGUCACCGAGCUCAACCAGAAGAUGGUCCACGGCAAGCCCCUCUAUGUCGCUCUCGCGCAGCGCAAGGAAGUCCGCAAGAACCAACUCGAAGCCAGCAUUCAAGCGCGCAACCAGGUGCGCAUGCAGCAGCAGGCAACGGUUGGAGGCAUCCCGCCCCAAUUCAUGCAACCGCAGGUGUUCUUGGGCCCCAACGGCCAGCCUAUGAUGAUCCCCGGAGCCGGUCGUGGCCAGAUGCCGUUCAUCCAAGGCAUGCCCCAGCAAGGUGGUCAGCGUGGUGGCUUCGGCGGCAUGCCCCAGCAAGGCGGUCGCGGCGGUCCGGCCGGAAUGCAGCAGAUGCCGCAGAUGGCCUACGGCUUGCCACCCCAGAUGGCCGGAUUCAACCCUGCUUUCGCUGCCAACCCGCAGGCGUACGCUCAGAUGAUGGCUGCCGCUCAAGCACAAGCUCAGGCUAUGGGUGGUCGUGGCGGCGCUGGUCGUGGCGGCCCGCCGAUGAUGCCUGGUAUGCUCGGCAUGCCUCCUCAGAUGAUGCAGGGCCCUGGUGUCGGCGGUGGCCGUGGAGGUUUCCCGGGCCAGCAGCGUGGUGGCAUGAUGGGCGGACGCAUGCAAGGCGGCCCAGACGAGCAGCGCGGUCGCCAAACUACUCGCGGCGCGCAGCUCGGCGGCGGAUCUCCUGGCGUCGACAUGCAGCAGCUGAGCGCUGCGCCUCCCGCACAGCAGAAGCAGAUGUUGGGCGAGGCUCUCUACCCCAAGAUCCAGGCUCAGCAGCCCGAGCUGGCUGGCAAGAUUACCGGAAUGUUGCUCGAGAUGGACAACCAGGAGUUGCUGAGCUUGACCAACGACGAUGAUGCCCUCCGUCUCAAGGUCGAGGAAGCGAUGACCGUGUACGACGAGUACAUCAGGAACCAGGGCGGCCCGGUUGGCGAGGACGCUGCGACGGCCAACGGCACGGAGAACGUCAACCCCGCUGGCGACGCUGGCAAGGACGCCGAGUAAGCAGUCCAUCUGCUGCAACUCGCCAUGCCCCUCAUCUUUCCUGUUCGACUGGAUAUGCCCACGGCAUACAUUACACGAUACCCCUUUUGACCGCGCUACGCACCCAGCCGGCAUCUCUUUCUUUCCACGAGUCGCACACCCUCCGUCCUACCCCUCCUGUACGAUAUCGUCAGACCACCUUUCCUAUCGAUGCGGCGUCGGAGUUGUAUCAAUGGUUCGAAAAUGGAGUUUAGGCUUCAGCCUCAGCAUGGCAGAUUCAAUCGGGGGUGGGUGGAUGGAGUGUGGAGUUGUAUGAUUAGGUACUUCAAUGGGGAUGCAUGUGGCCUCGUCUUCGGAUGUGGGCUGCUUUAG